CGCAGCAAAGCCAAUGUUCGCGGCUUCCAAUCCAAAAUAUGCGAACAAAAUCGAAGAAGAGCUAGCCAUCAAGAGGCAGCGUUCUGCGGAUAGUGAGGUCUCAGGGCCAUCAAAAAAGCAGAAGCACAGGCACGAGAUGGCUAAACCGAAAAACGGAGACAACGAAAGACCUACGACGUCGAAAGCAGCGGCAGCGGCCAGUGAAAUUGCCAAGAGACACCUCAUAGUGGCACUCACUGACCGUAGCGACCAGCUGGGGCGAAUGUCGCAGGAACGGUGGAAGGUAGUGGAAAUGAAGCUACUGGAAACCUUGUUUACAAAAAUGGACGCAGAGCCGGACGCACCCAUGCCAGCAUUUGACGGAGCAGGGUGGUUCAGCGGCGUCAAAAUUAUAAAAUGCAAGGAUGACCCCACGCUCACAUGGCUAAAGGAAGCGGUAAAAACGCUUCACGGCCUGUGGGAGGGGGCAUCACUGGAAAUUGUUGAUCGCAGCUGCAUUCCCUCAAUACCGAAGGCAAAGGUUUUCAUUCCGCGAGUGGUAAAACCGGAAUAUGCGCUGCGACUACUACAACGACAAAACACGGACGUGCCGACAGACGAUUGGAAAGUGUUGAGUGUGGCAAAACCAGCAACUGCUGAUGGAGGCCAGGACUACAUCAUCCAAAUCAACAAGCCGGCAGAGGACCUGCUUUACGCGCGAUUCGGGAGGAUGGCUUGGGGAGUUGGUAGCGUGCACCUUCGCCUCAAAAAGCGCAACCCGACAGACGACAACCACAACACGCUCGCUGCGGGGGAGGUGGAAAAGGAUCUCGGUAUAGAAGAGAUCAUGGAAGCCUCCCUCAAUAUACAGGAAGUGGAGACGGGUGACUUGGAGGUAGUAUCCAACCCCGAGAAGGUACUGAAGCCAGAUGCUGAAAGUCCUUCAGAUAAACCUCCACAAAAGUAAGAACGCCUCAGCCGAGCUCCUGCUCAACAUAGAGCGAGUCGGCUACGAUGUGGCUCUAGUCCAGGAACCAUGGAUAGCAUCGGGAAACAUAGUCUCCGGUCUAAAGUCAAACAACUACAACACAUACAUCCCGACUGUAAAAAAUAAGACGAUCUGACAGUGGUGGCGCUGGAGGGCUGCAAGGAUGAGACGCUACUCUUUGGGUCCUGCUAUAUGCCACAUGAUGGAGAAGCACCACAGACGGAACUUCGGAAGCUGGUAGAAACAGCUGCCAGAAAGAAGCACGCUCUGGUGGUAGG